AUGGCUGAGACCGCCCGACGCAAACCGUCCGCGGACCGUCCGCAGAUGGACAAGAUGCGCCGCAGCAGCUCUUACUUGAGCGACCACCAGCAGUACAGACCGCCCAAGAAGCCGGAGACGUACCACGGCAUCGACGAGGUGGUUGAAGGCAGCUCUCCGCCCAAGCCGUCCUCCCCCAAGUCCGUGUUGCCCUUCCGCGGCGUGCCACAGGACGAUAUGCCCGCGACCAUAGUAGAGAGCGGAGUGAGCCACAGCCUGUCGCAUCCCAACUGCGCACCGCCGCCGGGACACAAGUCGGAUCGCCUGGUGGCGACGUUAUUCUACAAGGGCGCCUCGCCCAGCUCUGCGCCUGCCUCGACGAGAUCCGCCGGCCUGGCGGAGAGCAACGAGACGCUGCCGCCCAACAUGGCGCCGACCACCAACAUGGAUGCCUUCCCCCUGGAGCCCCCGACACAGGAGGCAGAGCAGCUGGACCACAUCUACGGCUCGUACAUUUCGCCCCUCUGCAUAGCGUCCUUCCUGCACCUCAUGUCGACCUUUCCCCAGCCCCGGGGGGCCGACGAACCGCACUCGUCACACCGCUGCCUCGAUAACCCGGACACCCCGCGGAUUGUAGAGCUCACGCUCUCGCCGGCCCCGUCCCCCGACUGCCUCAGCCUGUCUGACCUGCGGAAGCAUGAGAUGAUUUACCGCUUCGAGCAGGAGUGGAACGUGGACGUCGUGCUGCAGCCGGACCUCGUCUGGAGAAGACACCCCCGCCUGGUCGUCUUCGACAUGGACAGCACUCUCAUCACGCAGGAGGUGAUUGAGCUCAUGGCCGAGACGAUCAAGGAGCCUGCGGACCUGGCGGCCCGCGUGGCGGAUAUUACUCACCGAGCCAUGCUGGGCGAGUUGGAGUUUGACGCCUCGUUCCGCGAAAGAGUCGCCCUUCUCAAGGGUGUCAGCGCGACCGUGUUUGACGACCUGCGUCCCGUCCUCGACGUCACCAGGGGCAUUCCGGAGCUCAUCAGGGCUCUCAAGCGACUGGGCGUCAAGACGGCGGUGCUUUCGGGCGGAUUCCAGCCUCUUACCGGCUGGCUGGCCGAGAAGCUGGGCAUUGACUACGCUUUCGCCAACGAGGUUGUCGUUGAGAAUGGCAAGCUGACAGGGGAGGCGGUGGGCAAGAUUGUCGGCAAGGAGCGCAAGCGUGAUCUCCUUGUUGAGAUUGCGGCCAAGGAGAAUAUUCACCUGUCACAGGCGGUGGCUGUUGGCGACGGCGCCAACGACCUGUUGAUGCUGGGCAAGGCUGGGUUGGGGGUGGCGUGGAAUGCGAAGCCGCGGGUGCAGAUGGAGGCGGAUGCGAGGUUAAAUUCGGAGAGUUUGCUGGAUUUACUGUACCUGUUUGGGUUUACAGCCGAGGAGAUUCAGAUGCUGUCUGUAUGA